AUGGGGCGACGUGUUGGAAUGGCAGAGAUUGGAGCCAAGGCCGCUGAGAUAUCGGCGGAGGAGCCACGCCGGCCCUCAUCACCUAUUAAACUGGACCCAGAUAUUGCGGAGGAAUUCCGGGAGCACUACCUUCGCCAGACCAAAAAGGUCAGAUCAGCUGUUGACAAAUGGUUGCACAGUACGGCAGAGACACCGAUUCCACCGCCCCAGGAAGUCGAUGAUGAGACGCUUGCUUUUGCGAUUCUGACCAAUUUGGACGACGAUGAUCGCCCAUACUUCAAUGCUCUACUCUCCGGCGCCCGCGAACUCAAACCCGCAACUAGGGCACCGACACCGAUGCUUCGCCAAAGAAACGACUUCGUGAUAAAAACUGGUCUUUCGCUCCAGCGCCUAUAUCGACUGCAGCAGGCUCCACGAGAUGUCGAAAGUGUCACAUAUCUCAUCAAGAACCCGCACACGCACGACCUGCUCGUUACCCUCUCCAACAUUAACAAUUCGGAAUGGGAGAUUCUCACAUCUGGCCGCUUUGAUGGCUUCCUGUGGUCUGGCGCAGAUAUUGACGAUCAAGCCGCAACCCCAGGCCUGGAAUCUAGAUCGCAAACACCAGCCAAUGGCUACUUUGGCAGCCGUAGCGUGAUGAGCCCUGGUCCUCGUAGCUCCUCCGCUAUGAGCUCUCGCGGCCCAACUCCGUUUUCGCGUGGAACAACGCCUGCUUCUUUCAUCAGCACCAACUCUACUGGACCGAAUGGUCGACAAGCAGUAUCCAACGACGAAGAGAUGGAAAUGGCUGCCAUUGCCGAGAUGGAGCGCGAAAUCUACCAGGGCAUGGAGAGUCUGGAAGACGCUUUCGAGAGGCUUCACCAGCACGCCGAGGUGGUGCGUACAGCAUUGCGGCAGCGUGGUGCUGGUCUGAUGCAGAGCCUGCAGAGUCGACGAAAAGUAGAUGUUUUGCCAGCGCAAACUCCAACACCGGGAAUCGGACAGGAGCGGCCGUCGUGGGCGCCUAGCAGCGAAGGGGAUGCGCCGAGCGACGACGACUGGUUCGAGGAGUAUGAUAUUAUGCCCGAUGACUCUGCAAGCAACAUCAGCAGCUCACGGCACCGACGACCGAAGCGGCGCACAGAGCGACGGACACCAGCGCCGAUCGAGGAGGACGAGGAGGAGUAG